AGUGUGUGGAGUAGCACUGUACCACAGCUCACCUACCACUGCACCCUGCAUCAGACCCAUAGAAGAACCAGCGUGACUUCACUGAUUACGUCACGACUAAUUGAUGACGUGUAGCCAAUCAUAACAAGACUUGAGGGACGUCACUGCUACGUCACAACUAGUUGAUGACUUGUAGCCAGUCACAAACGUUCUUCUCCCUUCUGAUAAUGAAUGCCUGUCUCCUGGUGUGUUUGGCGAUAGUGGAUGCAGGGUUGAGUGCAGGCGUGGGUGGAGACGUGAGUGAAGGAGGCGUGGGUGGAGGCGUGGGUGAAGGAACUAUAAGAGCAGCAGAGGAAUUCUCCCUCAAGAAUCCUCUCACAGCCUCUGUUUACCAUCUCCUUUCCUUCGGCAAUCGCGAUACCAGUUCCGCCAGUGCUGCGAACUUCGCCAGUUCCUCCAACUUCGCCGGCUACGCAAAUGCCUUCAACUUCGCCAGUUCCGCCAGCAACGGCUUCAGCGACCUCCAGAGGCGGUACAGGGACCGCGUCUUGGGUCAAGCCAACGCUCAGAGCGACAACGGGAACGGUCCCCACAAAAGGGACAACGAGUUCGGCGAGGUGUUUAACAAUAGAGGAGUCAACGGAGAGAUCGCCCGACGAGUCAACGGGGUAACAGGACGAAAAACCAACGAAGAACUCAACGGGAGCUCCGAUAGAACACUUAGCAAAGAAUCAAACGGGACGUUUAACCAAGGGUUUAAUGCAAGACUUAACGGAGGCUCUGUUGAGUAUAAUGGAGAAUCAGAUGACGACCAGAGCAUGAGAUUUAACGGAGAAUUCAAUAGCGAACUUGUUCAAAGAUUCGACAAAGGAUUCAAUCUCGACUUUGACUUCAGCAAUGCAUCGGACGGAGUAGAACACGAGGACCAACUGGCCCUCCUGGCCUUGGAAACCACUCAUCAGGACCAGGGCCACUAUCAGAAUCUUGUGAGGAGAGUGGGGACAUGGAAUGAAGGGCAGAGCCACUAUCAGGGCCAUGGUCAGGGUCCUAUGAGGAGAGUAAGAACGUGGAAUGAGGGCCAGGGCCACUAUCAGGGCCAUGGUCAGGGUCCUGUGAGGAGAGUGGGGACGUGGGAUGGAGUUGACGACAAAGACAAGAGGAACCCUUGGGAGUUCGAUGUGGGGUACUCUGACGGAGGGACGACCAGUCUCGGCACUAACGUCUACGGUAUCCUCUCUGUGUUCCUCUUCACCGCCUUCCUGGCCUACAUUAUCUACGUCUACAUGAGUCUGGGGGCCUCUGAGCGCUCCUACAGCAACUCGCAAGUGGACGCUGUUGUUGCUAUUCUUGACGAGGUCACUAACGCCUUCGAGAGGUGGGCGGCCUUUGAGUAUCUCCCGCAGGAGGGGCUGAAGGAGGAUGUGGAAGACUCCGAAGAGGAAGAGGAGGCUGGCAAAGAAGAAGAAAAAGAUAGAGCAUAA